CUUCCACCUCGUCCUCGUCGUCCAGAAUGUCCUCCAAAGCCAUCCGCGAGUACGAUGCCAAGCUGCUGUUGGCCUACUGGCUUGAGCGGGCACCCCCCGUCGCUCCUCAUGCGCAGGUCAAGACCAAGUUUGCGUAUCCCGCCCCCAAGGUCGCCCAAGUCUCAUGGGAUCCCGAGACCAACUCGAUCACCCCUGACUCGAAGCUGCCCAGCUGGGUGUUCACCACCAAGCUCGUCGCUAAGCCAGAUCAACUGAUCAAGCGUCGCGGAAAGGCUGGUCUCUUGACACUGAACAAGACCUGGGACGAGGCAAAAGCCUGGAUCUCUGAGCGAGCGGGCAAGCCACAACAGGUGGAAUCUGUCACUGGAACCCUCAACAACUUCAUCGUCGAGCCCUUCUUGCCUCACCCCUCCAACACCGAAUACUAUGUCUGCAUCACCUCCCAACGAGAAGGCGACUCGAUCCUCUUCACACACGAAGGCGGUGUCGACAUUGGCGACGUCGACGCCAAAGCGCUCGUCCUGAACAUCCCCGUCACCGACCCCUUCCCCACACGCGAAACCAUCGCCGACACCCUCCUCACGCACGUCCCCGCCGAGAAGAAGGACACCCUCGUCGACUUCCUCAUCCGCCUCUACAGCGUCUACGUCGACCUCCACUUUGCCUACCUCGAAAUCAACCCCCUUGUCGUCCUCGAUGGCGAGAACGGUGCGCCUCCGCAAAUCCACUACCUCGAUAUGGCUGCCAAGCUUGAUCAGACCGCUGAGAGCAUCUGUGGACCCAAGUGGGCCAUCGCUCGUGACUUGAGUGUCUACGAGGCCAACGAGAGCGAGAGCUCCAAGGCUACCGCCUCCAAGGGUGGCAAGAUCAACACCGAUCGUGGUCCUCCCAUGGUCUGGCCUGCUCCCUUCGGUCGUGACUUGACCAAGGAGGAAGCCUACAUCCAGAAACUCGAUGCUUCCACCGGUGCCUCCCUCAAGCUCACCGUCUUGAACCCCGAGGGUCGUAUCUGGACCAUGGUUGCUGGUGGUGGUGCUUCCGUCGUUUACUCUGACGCUAUCGCCGCCCAUGGCUACGCCCAUGAACUCGCCAACUACGGUGAAUACUCUGGUGCUCCCUCGGAAGGCCAGACCUACGAAUACGCCAAGACCAUCAUCGACCUCAUCACCCGCGGCACUCCUCACCCCGAUGGCAAGAUCCUCAUCAUUGGUGGUGGUAUUGCCAACUUCACCAACGUCGCUGCCACCUUCAAGGGCAUCAUCCGUGCUUUGAAGGAGUACAAGGCCGGCCUCAUCAACCACCAAGUCAAGAUCUUCGUCCGACGUGGUGGCCCCAACUACCAGGAGGGUCUCAAGGCCAUGCGCUUGCUCGGUGAGAGCUUGGGCGUUCCCAUCCGUGUCUUCGGUCCCGACACCCACGUCACCGAGAUCGUCCCUCUUGCCCUCGGCAUCGACAUCUCCAAAACCCGAUCCAACGCACCCCCCGGCGGCUUGAAGAGCGUCCAGCCCGGCACUCCCCCUGCUCAGGUCGCACCCGUCCCUGAGUCCGGUGAGGCCGUUGGCUCCAUUCGUCCAGAUGGUGGCCGUACCCAAAUCGCUGACCACAUCGUCCACUUCGAGACCAAGCCCACCGAGAGCGGCCGACCUUGGUUCCGCCCCUUCGACGCCAACACCCGCUCCUUCGUCUACGGUCUCCAGCCCCGUGCCAUCCAGGGCAUGUUGGACUUUGACUACUCCUGCGGACGUCAAGCGCCCUCCGUCGCUGCCAUGAUUUACCCCUUCGGUGGCCACCACAUCCAGAAGUUCUACUGGGGUACCAAGGAGACUCUCCUCCCUGUCUACACCAGCUUGAAGGAGGCUGUCGCCAAGCACCCCGAUGUUGAUGUCCUCGUCAACUUUGCUUCCUCACGAUCCGUCUACCCCAGCACUCUCGAGUCCUUGGAGUUCCCUCAGAUCAAGGCCAUCGCUCUCAUCGCUGAGGGUGUCCCUGAGCGACAUGCUCGUGAGAUCCUCUGGAAGGCCAAGGAGAAGGGUGUCCUCAUCAUCGGUCCCGCUACUGUUGGUGGUAUCAAGCCUGGCUGCUUCAGGAUUGGUAACUCUGGAGGUAUGAUGGAUAACAUCAUCGCCUCCAAGCUCUACCGCCCUGGCUCUGUCGGCUACGUCUCCAAGUCCGGAGGCAUGUCCAACGAACUCAACAACAUCCUCUCGCUCGUCACUGACGGUACCUACGAGGGUAUUGCCAUUGGUGGUGAUCGCUACCCCGGCUCCACCUUCAUCGACCACCUCCUCCGCUACGAGGCCGACCCCAACUGCAAGAUGCUCGUCCUCCUUGGUGAGGUCGGUGGUAUCGAGGAGUACCGUGUCAUCGAGGCUGUCAAGUCUGGAAAGAUCAAGAAGCCCAUCGUCGCCUGGGCUAUCGGUACUUGCGCCAAGAUGUUCACCACCGAGGUUCAGUUCGGCCACGCCGGUUCCAUGGCCAACAGCGACAUGGAGACUGCCGAUGCGAAGAACAAGGCCAUGAGGGACGCCGGCUUUGUCGUUCCCGAGACUUUCGAGGAGUUGCCUCACGUCUUGAAGGAGACCUACGAGAACCUCGUCCGCCAGGGUGUCAUUGUCCCCAAGCAGGAAGUCGAUCCCCCCGUCAUUCCUAUGGACUACAAGUGGGCCCAGGAGUUGGGUCUUAUCCGAAAGCCCGCUGCGUUCAUCUCGACGAUCUCCGACGAGCGUGGACAGGAGUUGUUGUAUGCUGGUAUGCGUAUCUCUGAUGUCUUCAAGGAGGACAUUGGUCUCGGUGGUGUCGUCAGUUUACUCUGGUUCAAGCGACGACUCCCUCCUUGGGCUACCAAGUUCAUCGAGAUGGUUCUCAUGCUUACCGCUGACCACGGUCCCGCCGUGUCUGGUGCCAUGAACACUAUCGUCGCCACCCGUGCCGGCAAGGACCUCAUCUCCUCCUUGGCCUCUGGUCUCUUGACCAUUGGUAGCCGAUUCGGUGGUGCCCUCGACGAGGCUGCUGCUAUGUUCUCCAACGCCCGGGAUACCGGCUUGACUCCUCGAGAGUUCGUCGACCAGUCCAGGAAGGCUAACAAGCUCAUCUCUGGUAUCGGCCACAAGAUCAAGAGCGUCAACAACCCCGAUCUCCGUGUCGAGCUCGUCAAGGAGUACGUCCGCAAGCACUUCCCCAGCCACAGCCUCCUCGACUACGCCCUCGCCGUCGAGAAGGUGACGACCGCCAAGAAGGAUACCCUCAUCCUCAACGUCGAUGGUUGCAUUGCUGUCUGCUUCGUCGACUUGCUCCGGGAUAGUGGUGCUUUCACUCCUGAGGAGGCUGAGGAGUACAUCAAGAUUGGUACUCUCAACGGCUUGUUCGUGCUCGGCAGGAGUAUCGGUUUCAUUGGACACCACCUUGACCAGAAGAGGCUGAGGGCUCCUCUGUACCGCCACCCUGCUGAUGAUAUCUUCAUCAACAUGGCGGAUGUUGGCCAGCCUCGUGUGUUGGGCAAGAUGCAGUAGAGGAUUGUCGUUUGUGAAAAGUAAUGAUUUUCUUUUUGCGGACUAUUUUGUGUACCCUUUUUUCGUCGUUCUCAGUUCCUCACUUGCACAUAGGCCUAAUUCUGACAUACAUCCCUCUCAUCCUCAUCCUCGCACGUUUCGUCCAUUUUCAUCGGCACAUACAUACAUACUUACUACGCCUCUCGCAUUUUCCCCAUUUUCGCGCAUAGAAUCAUUGGAAGUUCAAAUUGAAUUGUAACAUUUCGUCUUUUAUCUUUUCGCCCCUUCGAUUUUCUCUCCGUUUUAAUAGUUGGAAGUUUGUAUAUGUAGUUUUCAAUUGAGAUUUUUCGAAGGGUUC